AUGGACGACGACGACAUGCCACUGUUCAAAGGGAAUGCAGAGGUUAAAGAGGAAGAGAGCGGUGCUGAUGCGCUGUUCCCAACAGGAGCAGCAAGCGAUCACGAUCAGCAGCAGACAACUAACACUGUCACUGCUUCUGCCAACUCAUUCCACCACCAACAGCACCAACAGCAGCAGCAGCAGCAACAGUCGAGCACGGAUGCGUAUGCUGAGCAAGCUCGGUCAGAGGCUCCACCAAACCAGGUGCCCUCUGUAACCCAACAGCAGCCGUGGCAGCAACGGCAUGCCUCCUCGGGCCCGGCGCCAAAGGUGGAGGACCUCUCGCCUUUGGUGAUCAGCUCACGCACGCUUGGGCUCAGUGGGUUCCAGACUGGGCCAGCCAACGGCGAGUACGCAGAGCCGCCAUCUUCUGCAACGGCCGUCUGCCUUGUCUCGCAGACACUUGUCGCCACAGGGCAUGACAACGGCCUUGUCUCGCUGUGGAACCGCAACUCGCUGCAGCUCGUCUGCACGCUGUCUGGCCACACGGGCCGAGUGACGAGCCUGGCCACAACUGACAACAAUGGCGCGUGGCUCGUGUCUGGUAGCCAGGACAACACGCUGCGGGUGUGGGACGUUAACACGUUCCGUUGCUACACCAUGCUACAGGGCCACACGGCCGCCAUCACCUCCCUGACCGCCAUCCCCAACACCAACAUGGUUGCCUCUGGCUCCGAAGACGCCACCGUUUGCAUCUGGGAUAUUGAGCACCGCAUGUGCGUAACCACGCUGCAAGGGCACACCGACACGGUGGCUGACGUCGCAGCCAUGCCCAGCGGUUCGCAGGUGGUGUCCCUUGGCACACGCGGACAAUGCCGCGUGUGGGACACGCCCACUGGUGAGCACAUCACGCUCACGAAAAACAACACCCACAUUCACGCCAUCGCCACCUCUGUGCACCACCCUGACACCAUCAUCGCUCUGCAGCGCACGCGGCAAACGGAUUCGGCUUGGACUGUUGUCCUUGCGUCGAGCCUGAUUGCGUGCGUGAUUGGCAUCGUGUUGAUGGCCACAGACACGUCAUUUCACUCUGCGGGCUACGCUGGCGCUGCUGUGUGUGGCGUGGGCGCCAUUGGGCUGUGUCUGUGCUUCAUCCUACGGCACUUUGGGUUUGGGUUUGCUUCCGGGCCGUGCACGGCUGUGCACGCGUACUCCACCCACGCGCCAAAACGCCAAGUCCUUGUCUCGGGCAAGUAUUCGCAGUGUGCGCUCACUGCCAAGUACGUGGUGCUGGCUGGCGAGGACGGCAUGGCGCUGGUCGACGCCAAGUCCCUCACGCUCAGGGCGCAGUUCGUCCUGCCUCACGCACACACGCACGACCACACGUGCAGCGUCGCUGUGGACAAGGGCGAGGGGGAGCUGUGCAUUCUCGAAGAUGGGAGCCACCUGACGCUGUUUGACCUGACCACGGCGUGGGCCGGGGCGCACAACCCGCUCAUCCUGCUGCAGCUUGCGCUUUCAGGCAAGAUCCCGCCCGAGUAUGUGCACAAGGACCACACGCGGAGAGCCAUUGCCUUGCUUGAGGCAGACAGGUCUGAAGCCGUGUUUGAGACGGCACGUGACGCCCUGCGCUCCAAGCAGCAACACCAGCAAGGAGGCGAUCAACCACAGACACAAGCACAAGGCGACGGCGUCCAUCAACCACCACCCGAACAGCAACAGCAGCAACAGCAGGUGCAGGCGCUGCCAAGUGCGCAAGACAGUUUGCAGGACUCGGACCAUCUGAAUCUGCUCAUGUGGCAUGCCGUCGUCAACACAGACCACGCUGCCGCCCUCGACCUGAUGAAAGAGCUGCUGGAACUGCCCCCGCUUGACGUGGGCGAGUGGCGCUCCCCGUUGCUUGCAGGCAUUCGUCCCGGCGACUUUGUUGUGCUGGACGAGGACAUGCUCCACGGUGACGACGCAGACCUGAAGAAAGAGCUACACAGCAAGAGCGAGCCCGGGGUUGUGAAGGUGACGACGCAGGCGCUUCGGCUUGACACUGAGUGGUUUGCCGAGCUGCUCAUCUCCCUCAUUCGCACCGGCGACCCUCGCUUCUUCACCAUCCUUCCCGUGCGUGCGGCGGUUAAGGCCAUGUGGCACAGCCAGCUGGACCUGUUCCUCGUGCGCUGCCUGUUCCAGAUGGGCGCCACUGCCAUGCUUGUGUACUGUGCACUGAGUGGGUCUCUCCUGGGGCCCGAGCGCACUUGGCAGAAGUUCACCGUGCUCGUCCUUGGCAUUGGCGAGCUGUGGCAGGCCGGGAGCAUCGUGCGCGAUUACCGCGUGUCGCUCACCAGCUUCUGGUAUUGGAACUCAUUCGCCCGCACCAUCAGCCUGGUGUGCUUGGGCCUGAUUGCCGUCAUUGAGCAGCCCUCCCUGCAGGGCGUGCCGACAACGCUUGCCCUGUCGCUCCUCUUCCACUGGGUCGGGUUGCUCGAGUUCACGUUUGCCUUUGAUGGCCUCGCGCGCGCUGUCAUUGCCAUCACGCACGUGAUUCGCCGGUGUGCGUCGUUCCUGCUCGUGCUGGCCGUGGCGGCGAUGGCUGCAGCCAGCUGCAUGUUUGUGCUCUUUGGCGACACCACCAGCGCUUCCUCUGCGGCCACGGGCGUCACCAUACCAACAACAACCACACCCUACAACCCAUACAACAGGAACAGAUACCCGUUCACGACACCAUCAUCCGCCAGCAAGUCAGGUUCGAGCAGCGCGCUCAAGAUCACUGGCCUCACCCUCUUUGACACCGCCAUCCACCUCAUGUUUGGCCAGCUGAGCGCGAGUGUGCUGGACAACGCUGGUGACGUGCCCUCCGCCACACGCGCCAUCCUCCUGGCCAUCAUCACGCUCGCCCUGAUCGUGCUGCUGAGCAUGCUCAUUGCGGUGGUGUUCACCGCGUAUGAGCGCAUUCAGGACGGCGUGGAGCCCCACUUGGCGCGCACGCGUGCGAUCAUUGCCAGCCAGCGCCACACGGGCCCACUCCAGCUGCUGGUGUGGUACAUUCUCCAGCUUGCCAGGGGAGGUAACAGCGGCGGCGAGAGCGGAGGCGACGGGCGUUGGCGCAAUGGUGUCGUGUUCAUCCCAGCUGAUACGCCGCAGCAGCAGGAGCCACGUGGCAGUGGCUGGCGCGGUGGCGUGAAGCAGCGUGUGGAUGCUCUACAGGACACCGUCAACGUGGAUAUGGCCAAGCUUCAUGAAACCAUCGCCGCCUUUCGAGCGGAGAUGCAGGCCAUGAGUAUGAUGGCAGCCAACGAGAGCACUGCCUAA